UUGGAUUUUGUAUAACAUUAUAAUCCAGUCUUUUUCUAUUUCAUGUCUCUUCAAUAAAAUAACAAGGCUUUCCUAAUAUGUUGAAACGAAUUCUUUGAAGGUUCUCAUGGCACACUGGCAAUGCGUGCCUCUUUUCUGGAGCUUCAUUUUAAGCAAAGAAUCAACAUCGCAAAAAUAGAUUGGGGAUGUACAGUUCUUUUAAUGUGUUAUAAGAGGUAGGGAUUAUAGUGGCCGGGGUUUGUGAUUAAUUGAGUGUUGUUAAUCUGUGCAAAUCAAUUGUAUUAUAUGUUCUCUAAGUAUAAGUAAGCGAGAAGGGAAGUUCAGUAUAUAAGUGUGAUGGAGUUCAGAGAUGGUUCUGCAUCAAAUGAUCAUCAGGAGCUUCACAAAUCUGUUAUAGAGGGUGCACAUCAUUUAUCUGUUUCUUCAUUGCGGAUUUCUCCCAAGUCUUCAAGGUCUCCAAACUCACCAAGGUCCCCCAGGUCACCAAGUUCACCAAGUGUUCCAAAGUCUCCAAGGUCCCCAAGGGUGCAUGGCAAGGGAAGUCCACUCAAGAAUGAUAGGCAUUCACAUUCAUUGAUAGAUGGGCGUCCUAAAAAAGGUGGUUCGGGGGGAAAAGGUACCUGGGGAGGGUUACUUGAUAUAGACGAUAACUAUUUUAUUGACCCUAAUGACCCAAACUAUGAUAGCAGUGAGGAAUGUGAAUAUUCAGAUGCAAGAAAGUCAACAGAGGAAUUUGAGGAGUACAAAAAGAAGGCUACCAUAAUAGUGGAGGAAUACUUCGCCACUGAUGAUGUUGCCUCUACUUCGAAUGAACUGAGAGAACUUGGAAAGCCUGGAUAUAGCUACUAUUUUGUGAAAAAGCUUGUGUCUAUGGCUAUGGAUAGGCAUGACAAAGAGAAAGAAAUGGCUGCUGCUCUGUUAUCUGCACUUUAUGCUGACGUCAUUAACCCCCCACAAGUUUACAAAGGUUUCAGUAAAUUAGUGAAAUCUGCAGAUGACUUGAUUGUAGAUAUACCUGACACAGUUGAUGUUCUUGCACUGUUCAUAGCUCGAGCUGUGGUUGAUGACAUUCUUCCUCCGGCAUUUUUAACUAAAGAAUUGGUUUCCUCACCUGAAGAUUCUAAAGGGGUUGAAGUCUUAAAAAGAGCUGACAAGGGAUAUUUAUCAGCCCCUCUCCAUGCCGAUUUUAUUGAGCGGCGAUGGGGGGGUAGCAAGAAUAAAACAGUUGAGGAUGUGAAGGUUAGGAUAAACAAUUUGUUAAUUGAAUAUGUGGUGAGUGGUGACAAAAAAGAGGCUUGCAGAUGUAUCAACGAUUUGAAAGUUCCAUUCUUCCACCAUGAAAUAGUUAAAAGGGCUCUUAUAAUGACAAUGGAGAGGCGGCAAGCUGAAGGCCGGCUACUGGAUUUGCUGAAGGAAGCUGCUGAAGAAGGAUUAAUUAACUCAAGUCAAAUAUCAAAGGGAUUUGGUCGGAUGAUUGACACUGUUGAGGACUUAUCACUUGACAUACCUAAUGCGAAGGCAAUAUUGCAGUCAUUGAUCUCUAAGGCAGCAUCAGAGGGAUGGCUGUCUGCUUCAUCUUUGAAGUCCCUCUCAUUGGAGCCAGAAAAGCAAGCACUAGAUGUCAGUGAAGCUAGAAUUUUCAAGAUGAAGGCUCAAUCCAUUAUUCAAGAGUACUUCUUGUCUGCUGAUAUUUCAGAGGUAUUCAGUUGUCUAGAAUCAGAAAACAAGACUUGUUCAGCAGAAUUGAAUGCUAUAUUUGUUAAGAAACUGAUAACUCUAGCAAUGGACCGGAAGAAUAGGGAGAAGGAAAUGGCUUCUGUAUUACUGUCAUCUUUGUGUUUCCCAGCUGAUGAUGUUGUAAAUGGGUUUGUGAUGCUGAUAGAAUCUGCAGAUGACACUGCUCUGGAUAAUCCAGUUGUUGUUGAGGAUCUUGCAAUGUUUUUAGCUAGAGCAGAAGUGGAUGAAGUCCUAGCCCCCCAACACUUGGAAGAGAUUGGAAGCCAGAGUUUAGGGCCAGAGUCGAUUGGGAGCAAAGUGCUUCAAAUGGCAAGGUCAUUGCUAAAGGCUCGACUUUCUGGGGAACGCAUCUUGAGGUGUUGGGGUGGUGGAGGAAGCAGCAGGCCUGGGUGGGCAGUCGAGGAUGUCAAGGACAAGAUUGGAAAGCUGCUUGAAGAGUUUGAGUCUGGAGGAGACAUUAGAGAGGCUUGUCGCUGCAUAAAGGAGUUGGGCAUGCCAUUUUUUCACCAUGAGGUUGUUAAGAAAGCUUUGGUGACAACUAUGGAGAAGAAGAAUGAAAGAUUAUGGGGUUUGCUUGAGGAGUGUUUCGGCUCUGGGCUCAUAACUAUGAAUCAGAUGUCUAAGGGUUUUGGGAGGGUUGCAGAAUCUCUUGAUGACUUGGCUUUGGAUGUUCCUGAUGCUAAUAAACAAUUUACACAUUAUGUUGAACGAGCGAAGAUUGCAGGGUGGUUGGAUUCGUCAUUCUGUCUCAGCAGAUGAGGACGUGCAACAGAGAUUGGCACAUGCUAUGCUAAUGAUAUUGUCCUGUUGUUUGUAUCUUUUUUCACUACUCAACUUCUUGGUCAAUAGAAGACUACAACCAAGUGGAUAUUGGAUACUCAAAUUACGUACAGAUAUUAAAGUCUAUAUGUACUUCAGAACCUAUCUUGGAUAGUCAUUAUGCCACUCAUUAAGAAAGAAUCCAGACAUGCAUCUCAUUUCCAUCCUGAAGCAAACUUGUAAAAGUUUCAUGGGUUCUAUUGGAAGGUGAUUUUGAAGAUUUAAAUAAAUUUUGUAACACUCAUAAUUUUAGCUGCAGGUUGGUUUUGAAAAUUAAUUGUAACCUUAUUUAUUUAAUUUAAGAAAGGAAGAGGGUUUAGAUACUUUAGAUUGAUUCUCUUGGAGGAAGUAUAAACAACUAUUG